AUGGUUGGGCGCGGGUUAGAUUUGGCUCAGUUAGUGGGUGAGUUGUCGGGGAUUAGAUUGUACCCGGGGCAGUUGGAGAUGGUAAAGGAUGGAUUGGAGAUUGUGGAUGGGGGUGGUCUUGGGGUGCUUGAGAGUCCGACUGGGACGGGGAAGACAGUCUCUGCUUUGCUGAUUGGUAUGGGAUACUUGGGUGAGGAAGUGGAUUUAGGAGGAGUAUCGGUGGAAAAUGUGCAGAUUCUGGGUGAGCUGUAUAAGACUAGGCCGAAACAAGUGAUUUAUGCUUGUCGGACACAUGAACAGAUGGAUCAGGUGGUUAAAGAGUUGGCUUGGCUGAAUAGAGUGGUGGGUAGGAAGUACUUAGGAGUAGUACUGGGUAGUAGGCGAGUGACUUGUAUUCAUGAACGAGUGCGGGAAUCAGUGGAUAUUAAUCAUGCUUGCCAGUUGGUGGUUGCUCAGAAGAAGUGUGCGUAUUACAAUAAGUGGCAGACCCAUCGGGGUGGUUUAGGAGAGAGACAGGAGACAAUUAGUAUUGAGGCGGCUGUUAAACGGGGACGGGAAUGUGGGGAGUGUCCUUAUUACUACUUGCGUAAUCAAGUGCCACGGAGUGGUUUUGUUAUUCUGCCGUACUCGCAUAUUCUGAAGCCGGACUUCUUUGCAGAGUACCGGAUUUGGGCUAGUGAUGCUUUGGUGAUUGUGGAUGAAGGACAUAAUUUGUACGGGAGUGUGGUAGAAGAGAAUUCGGUGGAGGUAGAUUUGAAUGAGAUAAAGAUGGCCUUGCAUGAAACGAAAGAGUACCUGGGUAAGGAAGUUGGGAAGAAACGAGUAAUGGUUUUGGAACUGUACAUUUUGAUGGAGAAGGUGUACCAGUACGGACUGAGUGGAGAUGGGGAGAUAGUUGGGAUUAAUCGGUUUAUUUACUUGUGUGACUUGGCGGAGACUGAUCUGUUGCAAAUUGGGGAAAGUAUUAAGAAGUACCGACCGGGCCGAUGGAUUGCGCCUUUACGAGCUAGUGAUAUUGAAAACCGGGUGGGAGUGUGUAUUGACCAGAUGGGUAAAUUAGCUGAACUUUUGGGUCGGUGUGAUAAGAGUAGUUAUGUGAUGGCGAGUGAAGAGCGGUUGGUUUUGAAGAGUGUUUUACCAGGGGAGUUUCUUAGUCACUUGAACAGUGCGAAAAGUGUGCUGAUUAUUGGUGGGACUUUGUUUCCCUCAACUGAUAUAGGUAAGUUGUUUAAGCGGGAAGUAGUGAGUAAGAGUUAUCCGGCCGUAUGUCAGAAUAUAGUAGUUAGUCUCUGUAAUGACGCGCUUUUUACUUACCCGCGGCGUGAGAUAGAGGUGCGUAAGAUUUGUGAUUUGGCGGUAGAACAUGUUCAGCGGAUAGAUUCAGGGGGCGUGCUGGUUUUUGUUCAGUCUAAGGAUGUAUUGGGGAUGUGUAAAGAACGCGUGGGUCAAAUGAAGGAGAAAAUGGAUGGGGGCUUGGCUUUAGAUAAGGGGAUUGAGUGUUUGUUUGAAGGAGAUAGUUCUUUAGCUACUUACCGCUUGAAGAUUGCGCAACAGAAGAAGGCUUUGCUAUUCUGUGUUAUGGGCGGGUGUUUUAGUGAAGGAGUUAACUUUGCCGAUGAAUUGUGCCGGGUGCUGAUUAUUGGGGGACUGCCAUUGCCUAAACCUACGGCGGAAACGGCUUACCAACUUAAACUACAAGGAAAAGAGUUCUUUAUUGACCGAGCUAUGUGUGUGGUUAAUCAGACAAUUGGCCGGGCUGUUCGGAAAGCGAGUGAUUAUUGCUAUGUAAUUCUAUUGGAUACUCGUUUUAUCAAGUACCAAAGCAAGAUAAGUCAAUGGGUGCAGAAGAACUUAAAAGUAACAACUUCCUCUGAAACACUUACUGAAGCGGCUACUAGACUUAAGAGUUGGCAAGUGAGUACUCGGAAUUAG